AAUUUAAGAACUAAAAACAAUCGAGAGCUGUUGAGCGGCUGGCUUAUCGUGAGUGAAUUCAGAUGGAGGGCAACGAAAGGCAAUAUUGUGUGAUGUGAGGAUGACAGGCCUUCCGGUCUAAGUAUGAAUGAGGAAACGGAAGUGCCUUGGUCAUCAGGAUUGAUUCGCAGUUACUCCCAGCAUGCAACCGUCGUCCUUCAACACUUUCAACAACACCGUUCGCAUCCUGAAUCCGUGAAAUACUCUCGUUCCAGCUGUGAGUUACGCAACAAGCAAGAGACAUUGACCAAUUCGAAUAUAGACCACGAGAAUGAAUUAAACAAUUAUGAUUACCAAUCCUGGCGAUUAUCAAACUCGUUAUCGGAGGACGAGAAGGAGCUGUAUAAUCGUCAGAAUCGUGAAAUUACCCAAAUUGGAUUCGGUGACUCGAGCGGGUUGACGAGCCAAUUUUCGGAAAUCAGCCUGGAGCAACGGAAUUUGGAAGAUGCGAAUGGAUUCCAGCGGAUUUCUGGCUUCGAAAGUACUUCGUUACCCUCCACGAGCCAAAUCGUUUCGUCGUCCACCGAGACUGGACAAAUUUUGUCGAACGAUGACAGCGACUAUCAAUUAUUGGAUGAGCGAUCGGGACGUAAGAGCCCCACGGGCACGACGAUGGUGCGGGCCUACAGCAGCUCAAACUCCCUGGCAGGAACCGCGGGUCGGCAGCGGCUCGGCGGUGUUCCAAUUAUUCGGCAGAUCUCCUACGAGAACUGGACGCGCGACAAGCAGCGCCAGUUGCAGCGGCGCCGGGACGAGACCAGACGGAUGGAGCUUAAGCGGGCGGAGGCGGAGGACCGCGAGAGGCAGGAACAGAAGACCAAGCAGCGUCAGGAGUACCAGCGCUUCCUCGACUGGCUCAAGCGAAAGAAACACGAGAAACUCCUGAGACGAGAACUCGUCGAGAAGGAGCUCGAGCUCGAGAGGCAGCUACACGAGGUCGAGCGGAAGGCUCAGAUAUCCAAAAACAUCGGACUCAUGCAGUGGCACAAGAAGAAGGAGAAGCAGAUGAAAGCCACGGAGAAGGAAGAAUUAAUGAAGCAAAGAAAAGCUAAAGAAGAGAAGGAAAGGAGGCUGGAGGAGAGUUUAAAGGCUUAUGAAAAAUGGCGUCAAAAGUCAAAAAAUGUACCAAAACCAGCUACACAAGGACUUUUACCUCAUCAAAAAGCUAAACCAGCCUUCACUAAUCCAACUCCAUGGAAAUCACUCAUAGAUAAUGCGAGCGACGAUUCUGAUUCCUCGACUCCAAUGAAAACAACCAACUGGGCUGUUAAAAAUCCACGAAGUAAAAGGACUUACGUUAAAAGAUAAAAAUAAACGAAUAGGAAUGAAAAUAGAAGCAUCGUUGUUUGAACAAAAAAAAAACAAAAAAAAAAAAAAAAUACAAAAUGUUAAUGUAAUUUAAUGUUUUAUUUUUAAUCGACGUAGGAGUUUUAUCGCACGUACGUACAUUUAUAUAAACUAUUCGAUCGGACCUUUGCUACGUGGUCGUAUUUAUUAGAAUAUGUUUUUGUAUUAAUAUUAAUUAAUU